AGGUUUAAACAAGCCCAUGUACAAGAGGCAGAGCCAGAAAAAAAGACUGCGAAUGGAAUUAUUUGAACAGUGUUGAAGGACAAGUUGAUAGGUACAUGUGAUGUUCACGUCUCAAACCUGAUAUCACCUGCACCUUCCAGGUUAACAAGAGAUGUCGACUAUACUCAUGUUGGUCAACUGGGGGAAUCCUUCAAGGACCAGGAUUUUGGACAGAUUAUUCUGCUAGUUGGUAUGACCUGUUGUAAUGUUGUCCUUGAGAAUUUGGUUCAGCCGGGGGCUGCAGAGAUUGAAGUGUUAGGUGGUAACCAUACCCGUCUAGCACUUCAGUCUCUGUUUGAUAAAGGACUUCUGACAUCGCCAAUAGUUAAAGUUAACCUAUACAAGGCACUUCCAAGAACAGAUGCACUUGCUAUUGGAAUGCAACACAAUGUCAUCUUAGAAGAGAAGAAGAAGCCCCUGUCAUUUGUGGACAAAGUGAAACUGAUGAGGGAAUGCAGGCCAACUGAAAUGAUGAAUGUCACUAAAAUUUCUUCAUGGAAGGACAUGCUGUGCAUCAUAUUUCGGGUAGAGUGUAAGAGGAAACUGCAGCAGAGGAUGCCUCAUCAUCUACAAAUGGCACAGCUUCCAGAGGAAAUUUUUGAGAAGGUUCUGAAAGUAAACUCAAAGAAACAAGUGUCUGAGAAGUUCUUUCGGCCAAUGCUGAGAAUGAAUAGCAAUGAUGCUUAUCAUGAAUGCUUGGAUGAUCUGCUAGUAAAUGGUCAGAGUUCAUUUAAGAAAAAAGUGGCAGAUUUUAUUGAGCAAGGAUUUGUUAGAUCAAGAAAGGAAUCUACCACACAAAGUGCAGUGAUGACAGAGUGCUCAGAUGGGGAUAGUGCCUGUGAUGAAAAAGAAAAUAUUGAAACAGAAGAAUUGAAGAAAAUGAUUACGUCAUUGCAAGAAGAAAGAAAUAAGCUACAGAAAAAGUUGGAUCUUCUACAGGAUUACAAGCGUAAGAGAGACUCAGAAGACCCAACUGAGCCAAAACAG